AGUUUUAAAAAAGAUUAGGUGUACCACUAUUACUAAGCAAAAGUUUGUUAUUGUGUCAAAAUUUUAGUCACUUUUGGUCAAAUUUCAGUUAAAAUAUUAAUACUAGAUACUUUGAUGGCGCUGUUUUUUUGUUGUGUGGUUUAAAAGUUAUUAUUAAAAGAUUGGAAAUGUCACUGCUAGGCAAAAAAGUGUGCUUUUGUAUUCAAAUUAUGAGAAUUGAGUAAACUUAUAUUUUCUGAUUUUUUUCUUCAAUCUAAUAUACUUGGCCGGUCUGAACAGAAGGUUUUUUUUGCUCUGUGCAAAGUUCAACAGUACUUUCAUUCUGGAUAUAUUUCUGUUUUGUAUUUUGGAACAUCAGUUUGGAAGUGACAUUGUUAUAAUUUUUUCCAUAACUAGUACCAGACUAGACGUCACAGUGCCAUUUUUCUCUCUGGGUUUUAAAUUCUUAUUCAGCCUGACGUCAUCCCACACAGAAGAUCUUGGCAUGUUUUUACAGUGCUACUUUCUGUUUUGUGUUUAGAUAGAACAUUCUCACAGAUUAUAAAUAAGUGUCGUUAUAUUUCUAGAGCAGGGCUAAUCAACUAUUUUUACCCAAGAUCCGCAUACAAAACUUUAAAAAUAUUUGGGUCCGGUCUUUCUAGAAAUUAUAUUUCGGCAUCCUUUUAAUUCACUCCUUCCCAAAUUUCAGUCAAAACUUCAAUACUAUUCUCAUGCCUUGCCAUAUUUGACAGUGCUAUUUUCUUUUCUAUGUUUUAGAACAUCCUUUUCACAGAAUAUAAAUAAGUAUCGUUAUAGUACUUUACUACCUCUGUUAAAUUUACUGUCAAAUAUCUUGGAACUCUCGACUUAGUCAUGAUUUAUAUCUACACUUCUUCAGCUGCAGGCAGCACUAAGAUGAGGAAAGAGCAACAAGCAAUUUUGGAUUAUUUGAAAUCCAAGGACAUGAAAUUUGAAGAAAUUGACCUCUGUGCGCAGACUGACGCGAAAGAUGUAAUGAGAUCGAAAAUUCCAGCAGAAGUGACGAAAUACAACGACUCUAAUAAAGCACUUGCACCACAAGUCUUCAAUGAGGACGAAUACUGUGGGGAUUACGCAAUGUUCUUUGAAGCGAGAGAAAUGGAACUGCUGAAUACUUUCUUCAAAGUUCCACCUUCAGAAAAGGAAAAAGGAAACAUGAAAAAGGUUGACUUGGAAGCCACAGAAAACAAGGAAAAUGAUCCAAACGUUGGAAAUGUUGGUAAAACUGAAGAGAAUGGCCUUGGAAAUGACACUGAUCAAGGUCAAAAGGUCAAAGCAGGAGAUAAUGGUGAAAAAAUAGAAGAUAAUCUGAAAGGAGAGACCGAUAACGCAGAACAAUCUGCAGAAAGUGAUAAAGUGCAACAAAAAGAGGAGAGCAAUGAUGUGGAACAAAAAGGAGAGAGCAGUGAUGCGGAAAAGCAAAAAGGAGAGAUCAAUGAUGCAGAACAAAAAGAACAAUCUGAUGUCAGUGAUCAAAAUGGCGAUGGAGCGAAACAAGAAAGCAGUGAUGCGGCAACUGAAAAAGGAGAGACCGGUGAAGCAGAACCAAAAAGAGAAGAUGCAAAACCAGAAACUGGUCCGGAUUAAAGAAUCAGAACAUCGCUAUCGACAACCGCACUCGUUCGAAUGAAACUUUUCUUGAGAAAAUCUUUACGCAAAAGCAUUGUGUUGCAUGCUAUUUAACUCAGCAUAUUAAUUCACUCUGAAACUAUCCUGCACUUUCUCAAUCUUUAUUUCUUUUUUGCUUCAUUCAGAAUGUUGUUAUCACCCUGCAAAUUUGAAAAUUUUCUUUUUG